GUAAAUACGAAUCUAAAGUCGUUCCAUGAACGCAACACCAGUAUCUGUAAAUGCGUGUGUGUGAGCGUGCCAGGGCUGGAAAGAUGGCGGCCUGUGCGUUACGCCGAGGUUUGUGGAGCACUGUCAGUAAAUACAACAAGAAACACACACACCGAAUACUGAGUGUGGUUGACAGCAGCAGCGGGUUCGAGGUGAACAGACCGCGGGUUCAAUGCCGAGCCUGUGGACUGUCCGGCGGUGCUCAGCAGAGGAGGUUCAUGUCGUCACGGAACAGGCCUGAAGGGAAGAUUUUGGAGACGGUGGGAAUGUUUGAGGCUGUGAAGCAGCACGGCAAAUAUGAAACAGGACAGCUGUUUCUCCAUAGUGUGUUUGGCUACAGAGGCAUCGUCUUGUUUCCUUGGCACGCCAGACUCUAUGACAGAGACAUCACCCCCCCCAUGUCUGACAGCAAACCUGAGCCCCCAGGAGCCCAUGGCUCCAAGGAGGUGAAGGGGAAGACCCACACCUACUACCAAGUCCUGAUUGACACUAGGGACUGCCCUCACAUAUCUCAGAGGUCCCAGACAGAGGCAGUGACGUUUUUGGCCAACCAUGAUGACAGCAGAGCCCUGUACGCCAUCCCAGGUCUGGACUAUGUGAGCCAUGAAGACAUCCUGCCCUAUAACUCUGCAGAGCAGGCCCCCAUCCAGCACGAGCUGUUCGAGCGCUUCCUCAUGUACAACCCUGACAAAUCUCCUCCGUUCACAGCCAGAGACACCCUGAAGGCGUGGCAGGAGAAGAACCACCCCUGGCUGGAGCUCUCAGAUGUCCACCGGGAAACCACCGAGAACAUCAGAGUAACUGUCAUCCCCUUCUACAUGGGCAUGAGGGAGGCCCAGAACUCCCAUGUUUACUGGUGGCGCUACUGUAUCCGUCUAGAGAACAUGGGCGACGAGGUGGUUCAGCUGAGAGAGAGGCACUGGAGGAUCUUCAGCCUGUCAGGAACCCUGGAGACGGUCCGUGGACGAGGAGUCGUAGGCAGGGAGCCGGUGUUGUCUAAAGAACAGCCAGCCUUUCAGUACAGCAGCCACGUGUCUCUACAAGCUCCCAGUGGACACAUGUGGGGGACGUUUCGUAUAGAAAGGACUGACGGCUCCCACUUCGAUGUUCGCAUUCCUCCUUUCUCCCUGGAGAGCAACAAAGACGACAAAGCACCCCCCGCUGGCUAUACAUUUUAAGUGCCAGUAGUGACCUCCCACCUGUGAGGCCCCGGACAAGCUUUCAGUCGUGGUCCUGUCGGGGUUGUCUAGAAUUGUUCUCCUCCUGUAACGUUGCCUCAGCCUUCAGCGUAAGACUAGCGUGAGUCAGAUUAUGCAAAGGGAAAAUAUAGCAUUGUCUAGAUCAUCCAAAUGCAGAUCCACCUUUCCUGCCAGAGUGCACCCAACAGCAGUAUGUCAUUGAUUAAAUCAUAUACGGUAGAAACAUUAGUGACAGUCCACUACGUCUUCAGUCCAUGGUGUGUUUGGAGAGACAUGCACGUUCUAGUGAAAGAGCACUGGGAGGUGGGGAGGGGGUUAAUGUUUACAGCUGUACUGGACAUGUUGUGCACGCCAUAGUUGAAAUAUUGAUCAGGCUGUUUUUAUAGUGAGCGUUUCCUGCUGAGCGUUGGGUUCAUGAAAAGAGCAACAGCUCUAGCAUAGCUUCAUCCACACUGAGGCCUCAGUGGGAUACUUCAGGACAACAAGUAAGCCAUCACUUUACCUCAGUUUCAAACUCCUCCUUCCUUAAUAAUGAUCUUGUUUGAAUUUAUGAAAACGUGACGGGUUACUUUUAUCCAGGACACAAUUUUCCUGUUUUAAUUAUAAUAGUGCCCUGUCACAGUUAAUGUCAGUCCUGUGUGGGCCACUUAAGAGAGGAAUAUUGGAUUGAAUUCUGGGCUGGUAAUAGUUCUUUAUAGUAUUUGGUUUGCAACAUUGAAGUACAGUGGAUAUAGUUGGAGAUGUCAAAAUCAAAUCUCUACAAAUAGUCUUAAGUAGGAAACAUAAAAUCCAGUAGUCUUUAUCUUCACCCCUUGUCAUUAUUCAGCAGUUACAGUCUUCUACAGUCUAUGCGCUCUUCUCCAGACUCAGAACAUUACUGGUGGUGUUGUGACUCCUUCCAGGGCCUGCUGUAGAGAAGCUGCCCCCUCCAGGCUUUAGGCCACGUUCUCGUCAUAUGGGAUGGACUGCAGAGAUGGAUUCUUAUGUUAACGACUUGUGAGCGUUCAGGUCAUUAAGACGGUUGUAUGAUUUUAGAGUUUGUUGUGUGAGGAUUAGAAACACUGCUCAGUGACAAUGUAACACUAUUUAUUAUGGUACCUUCUGUAUUAUUCUAUAUUAUUAAGCCCAAAGUUGGAUGGAGGAGAUUUCAGAAGUGUUUCCAAGUUGAUUAUAACUUGGAUUUUGAUGAGGACUCUAUUUACAAGUUGGAAAAUCAUCAAUACCAAAACUUCCCAAAAUGAUGUGAAUGCAACAAUACUGUGGGGAUGGUUUUAUUUUUAUUUUGGGGGGGGGGUCAGCCUCUCCAUUAUUACCCUGCUCACAUGGGGACACAGUUUAUGUUGAUGGCUCGCCCUAGAUGCCAUAUUCUUUUAAUUUUUGUAUGACUUACUUAGCCAUACUCGGUUAUAUUCAGUGUCUCAGACAUGUUCUUGUUCUUUCCUCUGAGUGGUCAUUUCUUAAACCUGUCAACAGAUUUGUGUGGAGAGUUAUUUUGUCUUUAUGAUGCUAUUAUUGCAAGGAAAGAGAGAAACCAGCCAUCGAGCUUUUCAGAUACAGAUGUGUUUUAAGGCUCAUAUCACUUGUCAUACCUUGACUACACAGUCAAAUUAAUGAUAAUGCAACUUAUAAAAACAGUUUGCUGCUCCAGGAAUAAUUUAGUUGUGAGGGAGUGAAUACUUACACCAUCAAUAAUCUUGAAAAAUCCAUUUUUUAUAUUUGUACUUAAUUUAGAUCAUUUUAAAGAGAUAAUGUUCCCUUUUUGACAUUUAAGACCCGUUGUCUGCAUCACUGGUUCAAAACUCCUAAUUACAUUACGCUGUGAUUCAAUGUUGUGAAAGGUGAAAAUAGAGAAGUUAAGGGGAUCUGAAUAUGUUUUAUAAGCAGUGAACUGAAUGUGUUGACAGCCAAAAAAGGAAUCCUUUGCUGAAAGGAGGUGAGGGUCAGGUCAUGGUUGUCUUUGAAUAACAAAUGCAGCACACUGUCAAGUAAUUAUACUAAGCCAGUGUUGUGGCUAAGAGGAGAGUGUGUGUGUGUGUAGUCUGCUCUCUGUAAAAACCUGUACACAUAAUGCUGGAUGUCUUUUAUUAAGGCUGACUGUUUGACUUUGCAAGCUCUGUAACAAGAAAAGCUCAUCAGCCUAAAAUGUCUCUGGUAAAGUGAGGGAAGAAACAAACAUCUUUGUUUUGAAGUGAUUUAAAGGAACUGAUGGAUGACAUACUACUGUAAAUAGAGAUGUAAUUAAAGGCAAAACUAAUAAAUAUACAUUUUGAAAAAUAAA